AUGUUUGUUCCCAAAGGAACCUCACGAAACCCUCGGAGGCGCCCACGCACGAGCUCCGAUGACUCUGUGAAGCCACCAAAAGCCAAGAGACAACGCUCCGUGUUGCGACAGGAGGGAAAUUCGCCAUCUGAAAUUUUGAACCACGAUAAUGAGCGAGAGCUUGUCAACUCAGCUACCUCAUUUCCGCUCGGUGAUCUGCCGGGUGGCGAUCUGCAUCUCCCAAUUCGAGGCAUGAAGCCAAAUGGAGAAUCCAGCAGCGAUCUUGAAGGCACAAUUGUUUUAUCAAGCACAGAUUACUACACAGUCGAACAACUGCCAGCGUUGCCUGACCAAAUUCGGGGCUCCCAGUCAGACCCGCUUAAAUGCUUUUUUGCAACUGGUCAAGGGUACGCACUCGCGUUAACACAUUCGCAUGCAGUUGUGUGGCCAUAUUCCGUCCCGAACUCGACACCAUCGCCUUCCGAAACAUUCACAGUAUCCAUCCCCGAGUCGUGCAGAGAACUCAGUGGGCCCGUGCCAUUGGGUGUCCUUCUAUCGGCUGCCACAGGAGAAUUGCCAGGUCUCCUGGUCGUUGUUCCAUCAACCGGGAGAAUUGUCUACUGGGAAACAGUGUCUGGUGCUGCAACACUAGGUUUAUCUCGGCAAAGACAGAAUGGAAUUCAAGGGUCUAUACCCAGUCUUCUGUCUGGUGAAUAUGCUACCGAGAUUAUGAAUUGUGAGCCCUCUGGGAUAAUUGCAACAUUUUCAUCGGGGCGUGCAGCCCAUAUCACCCUUAGAGACUCACAGGGAAAACCUUUUGUGUCUGUGAAUUUCUUGAGGAGCGCAACGGGUAUUGGGGGAGGUGGAUUUCUCGGUGGGAUCAAGAGUGUUCUGGGAGGGGGCUACUGGAGGAAAGAAGUAACAGCAGUGCGUGCCGGUGGAUCUCGUCAGCGAGGUCAGCGUGAUGUGAUUAUCGCAACCUCUACCGGUCUUGUGGAGAUAUGGGAUACCCACUGGAACCAUGGGAACGCUUUGAAGAAGAAGUAUGAUGUCAAAAAUGAUAUUAUGACUGCACUUCCACCCAUGUCACAAGAUACUGGGAAGGUGGAGGUGGACGCCGAUCUGAAGGUCAUGGACUUUGCUUAUUCUGGUCAACAAUCUUCUGAUGAUCAUGGCCCCCAGGAUUCAAAUGAAUCAUGGAGACUAUUUUUGGUGGUCAGCUCCGCACAAUGGCUGGAGGCCAAGAAAGCUUUUGUCGUCGAAGUAAGCUUGACCGGAAACGAGUCGCAGGUGAUAUCUACUCGCACUGUAGAUCUCAACAGCAUCCCAGCUCAACGAGGUGAAUUCAAACCAAAGCUACUCGUUUCAAAAUACGAAGCUGUCGCAUUCAUACUGAUAGGACAAUCACUUGUCAUCUUGUCUCUGUCGAAUGGCAUACAAGAGACACCAAGUUCUCAAUUGCUUCGGGGAUCAGAUGUACUGCCAUUGUCUUUCCAGGAUACAAUUCACUUCCAAUCAGGCACAGAUCAUGAAAUUCUGGGCUUUGGUCCAAAUGGUAUGUUGGAGAGCGAAAGCCGCGCUUCGUGUGUGAUGAUGGUUCGAAACUUUGGUGUCGUUCGUGUGAACGUGGCACCUCAAUACCCAACAGAGAACGAGGUGGACGAGGGCCAACUCAGUGCGAAACACAAGCUUGAGCAGGCAAUAUUCUUUGGAACAAUGGCGAAGAAUCCAUUAGAUCUGGUUGGUGAAGGCGGCUUAAGCUUUGCUACGAAUGAAAUCGAACAGGCCUCGCUUGAUAUAUGUGGAGACCUCUUAAGGUCAGAAUCACGUUUCAUCCCUAACACCUCAAUCUCCAUCGACGAAAAUCUGCGCUUGAGAGCUAAGGCUCUGGACGAUCUUGCGUCAUUGUUGGGCCAAAAAGGGAACCCGUUAAGCCGACCCGCUAGGUGGGAGCUGCUAUGGGGAGCAGAAAAGCUUGCUGCCCAAAGAGCUAUGUGCGCGUUGGAGAAUGUCUUCCGGUCCGGUGACGAGAGUCCAUUUAUUAGCCAUGUCAUCGAGUCUAUGAAUGAUAAAUUCAAGACACGCCCUUCGGGUACCCAACAAGGUGAAACAACGGAUCCUACACGUCAUUGGUUCCUACGGGACUCCUUUCAGAUGGAGCAUAUCAUACCAUGGAUCAAAAAUGCAAUCAAGCCUCGACGCGGUAAUUCUUCGAAACAGGCACGGAAGUUAUCUGAACAGAUUCUUCAAGCCAGCGAGGUACUUCUUGCGAUCAUGGAAACAGCCUACAACUUUCGUGAUCUGCACGCUUCGGCCUAUGGGCUUGGGGAUGAGUUUUUGGAGGACGGUGUCCUCGCUGGGGGAUAUGAAGACCUUCCCGAGCCCUGGACAUCCAGAGCAGUGGGUUAUGCCGAAACAGGCCACCUACUUGAUUGGGAGCUAGAUAGCUGUCGAGCUUGGAUUCAGCAAAAGACAGCAAGCGCAGAUGCGCCCGAUGGCCAAACGCUGAAAAGGAUUGCUGAAAACAGUGCCCGUCAUCUCCGUAUCCUUGGUCAAAUGCACCGGGAGCGAACCCAAUGGCUCACUGCUCAGGACGAUCCAAAACUAGCAGAUGAAAGUGUCUCGAUCGAACAGACGCACGCCAAGGAACGCAAAUGGCAACUUUUUAAGCUGGCCGGCAUUGGUCACCUUCAAGACGCCCUGCGCCUGGCAGAAAGAUUUCGAGACAUGUCGGCUCUGGUUGAGCUCAUAAUCGAAUUGCAAGACCAGGUAAAAGGCCAACGGACACAGGAUGUCUCGGUCGAUCCCGCAGCUACGGGGGAGAGUGAAGCCGAUGUUGCGCACCGAAUCUCGCAGUAUUUUGAAAAGUUCGGCGAAUCAUGGGCGGAUGCGUAUUUCUCACGUCAAAUCUCGAUGGGCCACCCAGGAGCCCUACUCUCGAUGCGAAAAUACCAACCAUCUAUCACUCGUUUCUUACGAACCACUCCAGCAUACUCUAAGUUAAGCUGGAUCAAUGAUGUGACUGGUGAAGAUGAUUAUGAAACAGCGGCUGUUUGUUUGGAAAAUCUAGCAAUCGACAGCGAAAAACAGUUGUGGUGUCAUCGCGUCCAAGUCUCGUUAGCAAAGCUCAACAGAUUGGCUUCGCGUGAACAUAUGCCAUCUAGCAAUCAUGAGUCUGGGUUGAAGGAGGAUAUCAAACGCCUGGAUGGUUACAGCGAAGUUGAUGGAGUACAAGAACUGCUCCAGCUCCACGUUCAACCUAUUUUGGAGGGUGCAAUUGAUGAGAAGGCCGAGGCGGAACUGGCUUUAGAUUAUUUCGGAGGACAUCUCACGGAAGACCGCCCUUCCCUGCAUGAGAUACUCAGCGACAUUCUUUCCACUUUAGUGAGCCGGAGGAUUGUCGGCUCAGACGGCUUGAUUGACUUGCUCACUCUAAUGAGCUCAUCUCACGAGCCUUCUGAAGAGGGGGACAGUGAGCUUCGUGGCCGGGAGUUCUAUCAUGCUCUCCGGGUACUUGACCACAGUCGCUAUGCUCAACAAGACCCAUCCUAUUUUUCAGCACUGCGGAAAUUAAUCUGGCGACGGUGCAUGAUCAAAGAUAACUGGGAAGCUCGCGGGAGAGCCGCCGAGGAACCCAAUGGAGAUUUCAGCAGCGCUACUAGUUCCACUGCUCUCCAUCAAACUUUAUUAACCUGUCUAGCCGAGCAUGCCGAAGCAGGUCCUCAGUCCCUGUACAAUCCUCUGUCCCCGAUGGAUGUUCUUAUGGCAGACUCAGAGUCUGACAUUCUUGUCUCGCGCUUCCGACCCGAGCAAAGAGCUCGGGUGGCGGUUGACUUGAAGCGAGAGAAUGAUCUGCUACAAGAUUACAUCAAAACAGGGAAGCUGGACUUCUGGCACCAAAACCUUCUGUCCUCUAUCACGUCCAUAUCAUCCUCCAGCACUGUGGCUCCGCUCAAGGGUUCUAGUCUUGGUAAUACACAGUCUGUGGAUACUUGA